AGAAUCAGCCACUACUAAUUAAUGCAGGGUUGUCACAAAAUUUUUAAGUAGAUGACGCUGUUGUUGUAUUAGAUGAUGAAGAUGGCUGAUUUUGUCAUUUUUCCCCUAAAGAAUCACAUAGAUAGCCAGCAGUAGUCAGCAGAUAUCUUGAAAUAGAUGGUGAUUUUUUUUCCCAGCAGCCACUUACAUGUAGUCUUGAUAACCCAGCUUAUUAUGAUUUUAUCAUUGCAGGUUGGUCUGAUGUAUCAAAUUUAGUGAGCUGCCAUCACUUGUUCAGCAGCCAGUUGAGCUCCUCCCUGCUUCCCAUGUCUUCUCACCAAAUGGUUUCAUCACGAAUGGCUGUGUGCAAACAUCUCUUGGUACUGCUCAGUUUGAUAACAAAGCUUAGCGUCAACAAGAUUGGUCUGGAUGCCAGAACAGCAGAGGAUGUGUCUUCAGUUUACAUUCCUACAACAGUGAGGCUAUUGAGGACGUACCUUGCUCUUCACUGGAUCUUAGAACAAACUGUUACUCCCACUCCAUCUAGUGCCAUAGAAUCCAACUUAAAACAGUUAGCAACUCUGGAAAUAUCUGAUGGAAUGGAGCCAAAGGCAAUUUCUGAUGAUCCAUCCGUUACAGUCAGUGAGCUCUUCCUAAGUGGUGUUGGAGGUACACAGCUCAGAAGGCACCUGGCCCAUAAACUAAAGGCCUCACAGGAGAUGGGUGGUCAGGACCCAGCCCUGCUGUGGUCCACAUUUUUCAACCAGGCUGUUUAUACCCUGAUGGACCUGAUCUGGCCAACCAGGCAGAGUGUCAUUUUCCCAGAGUUUCUCCUCUCAAGGUGUCAGUAUCUUCAUAUUCAAGAGUACGCUCAUCUGAUUUGUUACUGGUGUGACACCUGUCAAUCAUCUUGGCAUUUCUUGUUGGGCCAAUCACAUCUGACGUUGGGAGAACAUCAUAAGGCCUUUGGUUGCUUUCUGAAGGCAGCAAAAGGAAUUGGGUCAAAGGAUGCUUUCUUGAUGAAGAUUCUGCAGAGUGAUUCCACAGACAUCUCAACUCUACUUGUUCUGUUUUAUGUCAAGGUGUUGAAGUUGUUUGAGCAGUUUGAUGCGCCAGAUUAUGUCAUCCGUGUAGCUCAUAUAGCGCUGGACUUGGCCCCACCCAGUGAUCCAAAUAUUCCGGAUCUGUGGUCGAACAUUUUCAAACAUCAGCUAGAGUUAGGACACAAUGACCUGGCAUACGAUGCUCUGAUCACAAACCCGAAUCCUGUCAGGCGACGCGUCUGCCUUCAUAAGCUCAUGGUAACUCUGUGUGAAAGAGGACAAACUCAGCAACUGAUAGAGUAUCCCUUCAUCAACCUACAAGAUGAGUUUGUAGAUAUCAUGGAGUCUCACGCCCGUACGGUUGACAUAACAACCCAUAGCUACUAUGAUUUGUUGUACGCUUUCCACGUGUACAGGGGAAACUAUAGAAAAGCUGGGUCAGCCAUGUAUGAUCAUGCCAUGAGGCUGGGACAAGAAGUGUCAGGACUUGACAGUUUACAGAAACAGGCCAAAUGUUAUUUAGCAGCAAUGAAUGCCCUCCGGCUUGUAGACCCCAAGAAUGCCUGGAUUGUAAAACCUUUGGACAGAGUCAACACAAGAAAAUCUGAUGAACCGCCCAACAUGUCUCCAAAACGAAAGCAAGGGGAGGAAGGAGACAUACUCUAUCCAGGUCACUCGGGAAGGACUCGGCGGAAAGUGACAGUGUUAGAUAUCAGGGACCUGGAGGGAGAGUAUCUAUUGGUUCUUGCCAGGCUGCAACUUAUCAAGGUUGACGCUGACCCGACACGUGCAACAGGCCCUUUGCUGUCCGCUCAGGAGAGCGUGGCAUUGUUGAGUCAGGCAGGCUUGUUCGAUAAUGCCUUCACAGUGGCUUUUCACUUUAAUCUUCCAAAGGAAACAAUAUUUGAAGGACUAGCGUCAAGGUGCGUCAAAUUAUCGUACCAAGGAACUGGCUUAACAAGAAGAGAUGAGGAGGACGCGUGGGACUGGAUCCUAUCUAAUGAUCUUGGCGAGGCACAGGUCUCCGGAUAUAAAAGCGUGGCAGACCAGGCAUGGCAGCUGUUGAAGUUGUACCUCGACAGACUAGGCUCACGUGAUGGACACGUGUAUUACCGAUGUGUCGCCAGUAAACUGCUGUCAGCUGGAGCGGCUCUACCCACGUGGCUGGUGAAUGAUUAUAAGCGGGUUAAUGCUUCUGAACUACUUCGCUUGUACAUCAACUACGACCUACUCUUAGAAGCCGUGAUGUUGGCUUUGGAAUACAUCGAAGCAGUGUUAGGAAAUGGCAAGGAAUACUUCGGACUCAAGAAUGCUCUGCACGCCACCAGUCCCAGUGUGUGGCUCCCAUACGCGUCUCUGGAUCAACUGUUGGUGUUGUUAAAAGAUGUCCAAACUGACUCGGAGCUAGCUAAGGCACGAGACGAACUUACAGAGCUACUCCAAAGAUUCCACGACCAAGUUGUCACAGUGUCACAUGACACGACGACUGCAGAGCUGACACGAGCUCAGCGGAAGCACGCAGCAGAAUCGAUUCCAAUACAAUGACAUUGAUAGUGUAGUGUAUACAGUGUGAAACAGAACUGGAACAGAUCUCUGUUGUGAGGAAAGACGGAAUUCCGUGAAGAACUCAUUCGUCUCGUUUAUAAUCAAUAGGCUAUGUUCGUAUUCUCGGUAUUGGACUGGAACUAGCUUGCAACCGAGGCUAAUGCGGGGUGUCCUUUUAAAUGCAAAUGACAUUAAUUUCUUUUUAAAAAUAUUCCCCCACAUGAGCUUCCAUUACAAGCUGGUUCCUCUCCAAUAACGAGAAUGGUAUUGAUAUGGCCUAUUCAGUUGAAGCUGUAGUGCUUUUUUUGAUCAAGCCCUGUAGAAGAGUUUCCUCGCGAGAAUUCGAGUCGUCGCAAGAGUACUCGCGCGAGUAUUCGCAGACUUUCUUUACAAUUCAGUUGAAGCUGAAGUGCCUGUUUUGAUCAACCCCUUUAGAAGAGUUUCCUCGCGUGCGCCCUAACAAGUCAUCGCGAGAGUGCAUGCGCGCGAUUAUUCGCGGGACUUUCUUUACAUGUAGUCUUGAGAGAGCUUUCCUAAAAAAUCGAAGAUUCUUCGCAUCACCUUAACGCAGGAGCCUGUUUGACGUUUAAGAAUCUCUUUAUGCAACCCCGUUCCCAGGCUCACUCCUUUGCCUCCCUUGUCGUACAAAGGAGAGAGAGCCUGGGGUGGAGGAUGCCCAUGCUGCCCAGCAACUUCUCACAAGUCCCGGGCUCUAAAUACGAAAAAGAUAGCGGUCAAGCGAUCCACAUCAUGGGUGAUCAGCAUUCAUUUCCCCUUACAAUAUAAGUGCAUUACCCAGCAGACAGGUGGUGAGAAUAAAGAAAGCCAUCAGAGCAAUGUCUUGAUGCACCACCAAAUUCUCGUAACUGACAUUCAAAUAACUGUGUGACAAACAGUAAGGAGAAUAUAGGUUCAAUAUUAGGAUGCAAUAUACAACUUCGACACUGUUACCUACGACUAUCUUUUUUUGUGAAAAAAAACUUUUCGGUAUUGUAUAAAUAAAACUUUUGUAAUUUAGAAACCUGGGGAAAGCAGUGAGUAAAUUAUGACAUUAAAAGUGA